AUGGACAGCACCGACAAGUAUACCACCGAUGAAAUCGUCGGUGAUUUUAUCGACAAGUUUGUGAAGAUAUUUAAUACAACUGGUUAUUACGCUAAUGGCAAGGAUUACUAUACCUACGGCUCUGGUAUAGCCAUCGACAGCAAGUAUAUACUGACCAACUGUCACGUGGUUGACGGCUACCUAGGGCUGGAGGUGUGGCCGUUCUUAGGCGACUACACGGGCGCCGUCGAGUUGAUGCCAUUCUGUGAAAACGGAAAGUUGGUGUACGCGGAGCCCGAACUCGACGCAGCACUCGUCCGCAUACCGGGAGAGCUGGACUUAAAGCCCGUAAAGUUUGCGACGAGAGUAGAAGCGGGCGAACCGCUGGUCAUAAUCGGUAAUCCGCCUCUAAUUGACUUCACGCCAGCCGUGGGUGCGGUGCGAACAGUGGAUCGCAGCGCACAAACUUUGUCGCUCGGCGACUACUAUAUGGCUCACAACUACCCGAGCGCUGACAGUCGACAUCUGACGCACGACUGUCCCCAAUAUGGAGGCUAUUCCGGCGGUCCUGUCAUCAACGCAGCCAAAGAAGUGGUCGGUUUGGUUUGGGGCGGCAUUAAUGUCUACCGCGAGAACUGUGCCAUACCUUCCCAUUCGGUGACCGCAUUCAUUGAAAGGGGAUUGAAGUUUGAAGUGAAGGACAGUGAAGACAGGCGUACAUAUCGGGCGUCAAAGUCGUUGGGAUUAAUUCUAAAAACCGUUCAAAUGGUGGGCACAGAGAAGUGCACCAUCGAUGAGAUAUUGGAGCAUUUCAUCUACAAGUUUGUGCUCAUAUACAAUACCAUAGGUUUUGACGCUGAGAAUGAGAUCAGUUGUUUAGGCGGUUCCGGUAUAGUCAUCGACAAGGAGUACAUAUUGACCAACUGUCACGUGAUUGAUGGCUACAAACGUGUGGAUGUGCUGCCAUUUGGUGUGGACGUCGAGGGCAACACUGUUAUAAGCUAUCCAUCAGAAGAGGCGCGGUUAGUAUACGCGGAGCCCGAGUUGGACGCGGCCCUCAUUCGCAUACCGGGCGUCGAGUUGGACAUCGAGGCCGUGGAGUUUGGCACGACUGGUGUAGAGGUCGGCGAACCGUUGGUCAUAAUCGGUAAUCCGGACAUUGACUGCACGCCGGCCGUAGGUUUGGUGCAGACGGUUGGCCGCAUCGGACACACCAUCUCUGUGGGCAAUCACCAGACGUUUCCACAUUACGUGUGCGACAACUUCCCGAAUAUUAUGUUUGAUUGUCAGCAAUACAGCGGCUGUUCGGGCGGUCCGGUCAUCAACGCGGCCAAAGAGGUGGUCGGCCUGUUGUGGGGCGGCAUUGAUGUCUUCCGCGAGAACUGUGCCAUACCUUCGCAAUCAGUGACCGCUUUUAUUGAGAGGGGACUGAAGUUUGAACGCAAGGACGCGGAGGACAGGUAUGAAUACCAGACAUCAAAGUCGUUGGGAUUAAUUGUAAAAUCGGUGUCCGAUAUGAAGACAGGGAUCAAACGAGUUUACGGCACAUUUGAUCCCACAAUUACCGCACCAUUUGUUUACAACACUGAACUCCUGAAGACUAACUCCGCGGCCAUAGAGACUUUUAUGGAGAGUGAUAUUAUCGUCGCUGUGAAUGAAAUGGCCGUCAAUUCUGUGUCCGAACUGAGAGAUUGUCUCCAAAAGUGUCCGACGGAUCAAGAGUUGAACAUAACUGUCAUCCGAUCGCUGAAUCCAAACAACAAAAUACAUAUCAAAGUCAAACCCAAACUCAUUGUCUGUUCAGUUAUAUAA